AUAACUAACACCACUAAUUAACGAACCGCAAAGUUUAGGUUGAUCGAUACCGUCGAUACCUACGCACUACGUCGCCUUCGCGCUAAUUGUUAUUGCGAUUGUAAUUUCAACAGAUCUUGUCAUAAAGCACAGUUCUACGACCCACGUACAACUGUGCAUAAAGGCCAUAGAUAAAGGCACUACAAAUUUUCAAAGGAAGAUUCUAGCAGAAAUUUCUUUAUAUCGAAUUUUAGUUUUUUCUUUAAGGAUUUAUGCUAUGACAGUUUCUAAAUGCCAUCAGCUUUAGAUUCCCUGCAGCAUCAGGAUUCAGCUUGGAUAAGAUCUCCAAAGGAAGAUUAUUAAACAGUUUUGGCGCCGUAGCUGUAAAAUGUCUACUCGUAAAUCUAGGUGUUCUUUGGGAACUGAAUAAUUAUCUGCAGUAGUAUGCAGAUACGCGUGCGAAGCUUGUAGUGCCCGCCGCGUCACGUCCUCGCAGCAUCCACAGUAAACAGGAAAACGUGGCGACGUCGAUAGCCGCCGCGAUCCGUAGUCAGUGGUCAGUGCGCGACCGACGCGUGUGCUUCUGUCCACGCGAAGCAUGUGGAGCGCGUGGUGCGCGCUGCUGCUGCUGGCGGGCGUGCGCAGCGAGCACUGCGCGGCGCUGCGUGGCGCUUGGCAGCUCCGCCUGGGCGAGCUGAGUGCUGCGAGACCGCCGCGGAUCGAGGAGCGCAGCCUGUUCGUGGAUGGCACCGCGCUCACGGUGCAGGUGUGGGGCGCGGGCGGCGCGGAGCGCGCGGCGGCCGCGGCGCAGCUGGCGGUUCUGAGCGGCGCACUCGGAUACCGCGCGCGCCUGCGCCCCGAGCGCGCCGACCUGUGUCGCCUGGCGCGCCUCGAGCGCGCGGACCUUGCGGCCGUGGCGCCGGCGGCGGCGUGGCCGGAGCGCGGCCGCUGCGGCGCGGCGCGCGCGUGGGCGCUUGAUGAGCUCACGUCGCUGGCGGAGGGCGCGCGCGCGGCGGCGGACGCGGCGCCGCUGCUGCUGGCGCACGUGCCCGACGCCGCCUGCGCCGCGCGCGCUGCGCUGUGGCCCUUCUACGCGCGCGUCACCGACGAGACCAGGGACUGCGCCUUCCUGCUGAGCGAUGACCAUUUCGUGGUGCUAGCGCGGAACGACAGCACCUCCGCCGACGGCGACGACGCGCGCGCGCUGGCCCAGCUGCAGCGCCGCGCCACCGCGCGCCUCGCGCUGCGCGUGCACCGCACCGAUCCCACCUUCCGCAGGAGCCUCUUGCAGUACCGCCGGAAUGGCAGCGCCUUCCUGUUCGUCGACGACGACAUCUGGGGCGACGACCCGCUCGUGGUGCGCGUGCAGCCGCCACCCUGCGCGCCCGCGGCCGCCGCCGCCGCCUGCGCGCCCGCGCUGCGCGCCGCCCCAGCCGUGCGCAUCGGCAACGGCGUCUUCAUGCACGCCUACGCGCCGGCCAUCGCGCGCGUCGUCAGCGUGCUGGACUUCUCGCCCGCCGACCUGCGCACCAUCCUGGCCUACGAGACCGAGCCAUCGCCCGACACGGCGGCGCCGAACAUCACGGAGGCGGCCUGCCGCUGGGCGCUGGAGACCGUCGACUUCCUCUUCGAUAGAAUCGUUAAAAACAAGGAUAAAGCUAAUGCGACCGUUUACACUGUCGCCGUUUAUCCGUGCGGCGACGACCCCGACGCGGCGGCGCACAAGGCCGCCGCGCACUACCUGCGCGACCCCGUGCUGUGGGACGAGACGCGCGUGGACGUGCACUACGCCUUCGAGGCGCUGAACUGCUCCGACGAGCGCGCGCUGGCGGACGCGGUCUGGCGGCGCGCGCGCGAGCGGCGCACGUGCGCGGUGGUGGCUUGGAGCGCGGCGCCGGGCGUGCGCGCGGCGGCCGCGGUGGCGGCACGCACUGGCCUUCCGCUGCUGCUGGUGGGCGCCGCGCCCGCGUCUUCCGACGCCGCGCGUGCGCCCUCGGGCCGGCUCGUGGACCUGGCGCGCGCGUACCGGUGGCUGUUCGAGUUGUGCGGGUGGUCGCGCGUCGCCGUGCUGUCCGACGGCUCGGCGUACUCGCACAGCUUCACCGCGGCGCUGCUGGCGGGGCGCGAGCUCACUCACCGCGCCUACGCGCUCGACGCGGACGGCGUGGUGAACGCGCUGCGCGAGCUGCACGCGGACGACGCGCGCGUGGUCGUCGUGAACGCGGCGUGGCCGCUGGCCGAAGCCGUGCUGUGCGAGGCUCGGCGGCGGGGGUCGGCGGCGCGGCGCGUGUGGCUGGUGCGCGAGGCCCGCGCGCCCGCGUGCGCUGGUGGCUGGGCCGGCUUGCGCGUGCUGUCGCUGGGCAUGUCGUGGCGCGGCGGCGAGGCGCGCGGCGGCCGGGUGGACCUGAGAGAGGGGCUGCGCGGCGCCGCGUGGGGGCGCGGCGACGCGCUCGGGCCGCCGCUCACCGCGGCGCUGGUGGACGCGCUGAUGCAGAUCACGCUCGCAUUCGAUAAGUUCCUGCGGGAACGACCCUCGCAGAGAUAUGAUCUUCGCGGAAGUGUCUCAGAUCUAACUAGAUAUUUGGACGAGUUGAACGAGACGGGUGUCGCAGGAACCCUGCAGAGCGACGACUACGCCCUGAGGGACCCCGCCGUGUACGUCGAGCAGUGGGCCGACGGGCGCGGCCGCACCGUCGCCGUGUGGCGCGUCUCGCGCGGCGCCGUGCGCCAGGAGUGGCCCGCGGGCGCGCCCGCCUGCGCGGCGCCCGCGCCCGACCGGCCCGCCUGCGCCACCGCGCGCGCGGGCGACGCCUUCGCGCCGCGCUGCCUCGACGCGCCGCUGUUCGCGAGCGCGGCCUUCCUAAUGCUGGGCGCCCUAGCGCUGGGGGCCGCGCGGCGCGCGCGCUUGGCGCGCCGGCGGAGGCGCGAGAGCGCGUGGCAGCGGCGCCUGGAGGAACAGCGGCGGCGCGCGGCCGCGGCGCUGGGCGCGUUCCUCGUGGAGCGCGGCGCCAUCCGGCUGCUACACGAGAUCGGCUCGGGCUGCUACGGGCGCGUGCACUGCGCCGAGCUGCGCCGGCCCGGCGGCGCCACGCUGCUGGUGGCGGCCAAGGAGCCGCGCGCGGACGCCGCGCCGGCCGAGGAGGGUGCGCUGCUGCGCGAGGCUGUGCUGCUGGCGCCGCUGGCGCACGCGCACGUGGUGCGGCUGGUGGGAGUGUGCGUGGCGGACGGGCCGCCCACGCUGCUGUUGGAGCACGCGCGCCACCUGGACCUGCAGCGCUACCUGGCGGAGCGGCGCGCGCGCGCGGCGGCGGGUGCGUGCCGCGAGCUGGCGCCGCGCGCGCUGACGCGGCUGGCGCGGCAGGCGGCGGGCGCGCUGCGCUACCUGGUGGCGCGGCGGCUGGUGCACCGCGACGUGCGCGCCGCCAACUGCCUGGUGGACGCGCGGCGCGCGCUCAAGCUGGCGGACUUCGGGCUGGCGCGCGCGCUGGGCGCGGCCGAGCCGGAGUACGCGACGACGCGGCGCGGGCUGUUCCCCGUGCUGUGGAUGGCGCCCGAGAGCCUGACGCGCGGCGUGUUCUCGCCCGCCAGCGACGUGUGGGCGCUGGGCGUGCUGCUGCUGGAGCUGGCCACGCUGGGCGCGCGCCCCUACGGCAGCUGGCCGCCCGCCGCCGUGCUGCGCUUCGUGGCGGCCGGCGGACACCCGCCGCUGCCGCCGGACCUCUGCCCCGACACGCGCGAAGUGGUGCUGUCGUGCUGGCAGCGCGCGCCCGAGCGGCGCCCGAGCGCGGCGCGCGUGGCCGACGCGCUGGCCGCGCGCCCCGCCGCCGUGCGCGCCGCCUUCCUGCCGCCGCUGCCGCCGCCGCUGCCGCCGCCGCUGCCCGUCUCAUGCCCCUUAAACCAAGAAUCGCCUCCAUUAGCCGAGCCUUAA